AUGUUGAAAUCUAUACUCUUAGCUGAAGGAACCACUAAGAUAGUGCAAAAUAAGACUGUUUACUGUAAUUCUAUUCCUCAUGUUGGGUUACAUUUGGGACUUACGAUAAUUUGGGCCACAGGUAUGAAUCCGGUUGAUAUACGCAUGUUCCCCUCAUUCAAAGUUCGUGUGACGGGUUUAGAUCCGAAUGCCAAAUACAUUAUGUUAUUGGACUUGGUAGCCAAGGACGAACAUCGCUAUAAAUUUCACAAUGGCAAGUGGACCGUUGCGGGCAAAGCAGAUCCUGAACCGUUACGCAAACCAUACAUGCAUCCGGAUUCUCCAGCCACGGGGGAAGAAUGGAUGCAUAAACCAAUAUCAUUUCACAAACUCAAGCUCACAAACAAUGUGACCGAUCGACAGCACGGGAGCAUAUGCACGUACAUGAACGUUCACACCACACAGGCUCAUCAGUUUAUCACCAAAGUCCCACAAGUCACAUCCGAUUUCACUAGCAUCAGGGACAUAAGGUUGUGUGUGGAGGGAGAGGAGCUGUUGACGAAUUUAGCCUAUUGCUAUACCAAGUACACACAAGAAUUUGUGUGCAUACAGUUAUGCGAAAGGGGAGGGUGUGUCAUGUAA